AGCAGCCGGUGUGGGAGAGCGUCGCCCCGUGCGCUGCGACCCUGCCGUGGCUAUGCCAGCCCCUCGGGAGAGUCUGGUGUUUCUGUAGGCAAAGUGAUUGGUGCAGGUGUCCUGUUUGUGGGUGGAGGAGUGGGUGGGACUGUCCUGUAUGCCAGCUAUGACACGCAGUUCCGGGAGAGCGUCGAGAAGGCUGUUCCCUACUCUGACAAGCUCUUCGAGAUGGCACUUGGUCCUGCACCCUACAACACACCCAUGCCAAAGAAAACAGUACAGCCAGGUCCACUGAAGAUCUCAUCUGUAGCAGAAGUAAUGAAGGAGUCUAAACAGCCCACUGCCAAAUCCACCGUCAGCAAAACAGAAGCUGCUCCUCCUUCAGAGGAAAAAGAAGCAGGCGAGGCUGCAGCACAGAUCAUCUCCGCUGCAGGCGUAGCCGUCUCGGUGCCAGCUCCGGGGAUCCAGACUGAGGAAGAUAAAGAGCAUGAAGGUUCCCACGCUGUAAAAGAACGGUCACCAGAAGAAGUUGCGGCCAGACUUGCCCAGCAGGACAAAGAGGAGCAAGAGAAGAUAUCAGCCCUAGCAGCAACUCUGGAGGGAGCCCUGAGCACCACAGCUCGUGUGACCCUUCAGGCCAUCACUGCCCAGGAGUCUGCAGUGCAAGCAGUGAACGCCCACGCACAAAUACUGAAGGAGGCCAUGGACAAUUCUGAGGCUGCCGGGGAGAAGAAGUCCUCUCAGUGGAGAACUCUGGAGGAGGCGCUGAAGGACCGGAGGAGAGCGGUGGACGAAGCUGCCGACGCCCUUCUGAAAGCCAAAGAAGAGCUAGAGAAGACGAAAGGUGUAAUCGAGAAUGCCAAGAAGUCUCAGAUUGCAGGAGCCAAACCUCACAUUACUGCUGCAGAAGAAAAUCUUCAUCAUAUGAUAGUUGACCUGGACAACGUUGUGAAGAAGGUCCAGGCAGCACAAUCUGAGGCCAAGAUAGUAGCUCAGUACCACGAGCUUGUGGCUAAAGCCAGAGAAGAGUUUCAGCGAGAGCUGGACAGCAUCACCCCCGACGUGCAGCCUGGCUGGAAGGGGAUGA